AUGCCUUCAUCGCGGCCUCGUUGGAAAUAUACAGAAGACGACGUGGCCGAGGCUAUAUUAGAUAUCACCGAUAACGGCUGUUCACCCUCUCAAGCGGCUCAGAGAUGGGGAGUGCCUCGAAGGACUCUGAUCGACAGAUUUAACGGCCUGACGGCCAUGAAAGAGCAAAUUCAGCCUGGUCAGCGUUUGUCCAAGAAUCAGGAAGAUAAAUUGGCUUUCUGGAUUCUUCGUCAGGAGUCUCUGGGAUAUGCUCCGUCCCACAAUCAGAUUCGCGCUUGCGUCAUGGGCUUGUUAAGACAUCAAGGCGAACAACCAGAAUUAGGACGCAACUGGGUAGCCAGAUUCAUCGAGCGCCACCGAGACCUUAAGACUAAGAUCGGUAGACGUCAGGAAGCUAAUAGGUUUGAAUCCUUCACGCCUAAGGCGGUUCAUUGGUACUUCGAUGUCAGGGAGGGCCAGUACGGCUGGAUUCGGCCUGAGAACAUUGUUAACGUUGACGAAGGAGGCAUCAUGAUCGGUUUUGGCAAGCCGCCAUUUCUCUUUUCUCUUUAUUUUCGAAAUUUGACUAACUAG